GUUACUCGGAGCGGCCGCAUGACAGUCCGCGCUCGGUGCUCGCUGAGGAACGUGUCUGGAAGACUGUAGAGUAGAGGUGUAGCGGCUAGUGUGAAGUUACGUAGGAGUAGCGCGAGCAGUGGUCGGCCGUGUGGGAGAGCGAGGCGGCAGCUGUGUGCUCAGUGUUGGCUGAGGAGUUGUGUGGUGUCGCGGGGCGCGCUUCCCCCCUGCGCCUCUCAUUUCCAUAUGGGCGCCCCCCCCACGGGGAGGUGGCGGUGGUGGGCCAGCCCGCGCAUACUCGCCGCCACAUUUACCUACUAAUUCUCGCCGAGGCGUCAUUACUAUGUGCAGACGGUGGGUGGCGGCCGCGGAGGUGCCACGCCAGUGAUACUUGUGCAUGUGGAGUGGUGGUUGUUGCCGCACAGUGUGGUGCUGUGGCGCAUGGUGCUAGUGACGGGCCAGGCACGUGCAGCCUACCCAGUGGCACGGCCGGGCACGGGGGCGAGGCCACGCACAUACCAUCAGAACAAGAGAAGACAAGACGCGAGUCAGGAACUUUGUGAGAGGGGCGUGCACUCACGUACCCAGCCCAGCCUCGGCUUGAGUAUGAGGCACGGCCAGGCCAGGGACGAUGUGGACCACAGAUGGUGCGUGGAGGUUGAGGGCUGUGACUAGCGGAGGCGCCGUGUCCGUGCCGCCAUGCCCGGAGAGGAGCUGGGAGAGCCGCCUCUGAAGGGAUGCCCCCCGGCCCCCCCACACCCUCCCACUGAACCUCAAGAAGCCCCUAGCCAGACGCAGCAGCAAGACCCUCCGACUAUGAGUCCUGAGGACGCCCCCUCUACCUCCCCCCUGGCGGGCGAGGAAGGCCCAGGGCCCCUGCCGCAACAGGGCCCCAACGCCACCCCAGCGACGUUCAAUUUGACGUGCAUGACGUGCCACACGCAUUUCACGUCGGCGGAGCAGUACACGCGGCACCACUGCGUCGCGUCGGGAGCCGCGCAGGACGCGAUGAACGAGUCGUCGAGUGACGUAGAAAAGUUCGACGGGAAGAUCGUGUACAACCCCGACGGGUCGGCCUACAUCAUCGACUCGGAGAUGAGCGACGACGACGGCGUGGCGGGGCUGGAGCUGCCGCAGCACGAGGGCUCCAUCGUGGACUCCCCGCGGCACCCGCUCUCCUCCACCGCCGCCCCCACCAUCCCCACCAUCGCGAACGCCAUAUACGUCACGAAGAACCCCGCCUUCUAUACCGCCCUUUACGGUCAAACCUUCACCUCGCUAAUCCAGGAAAACAAAGUUCCUGACGUUCCCAUUGUUCACAACUACAGGGUCUUUACCGUUGGUGAUAAAGACAGUGAAAAUGAAUGUAAAGACAGUGAUAACAAAAAUGAUAGUUCCAGUGAGAAAACAAAACUUCCAUUAUUAGACUACUCGCAAGUUCCAAUUAAACCUAUAUUGAUGUGUUUUGUAUGUAAGUUGUCUUUUGGAUAUGUUAAAUCUUUUAUUGCCCAUGCGAUGGGCGACCAUAGUGUAGUGCUACUGGAUGAGGAAAGGGACCUUUUGGCGUCAAAGAACGCUUCGGCCAUCAUCCAGUGUGCGGGCCGGGAGAAGGAGCCGCGAGUGUCGUUCCUAGAGCCAGUGACGCCCCCUGGUGCUCGGGGACUCCCUGGCCACCCUGCUGCCCUCCGGGGCUCCCAGCGGCCCUUCCCCCAGCCCGCAGCCCGCCAAGGCCGCUCACAACAACGACGACCACCAGGACCUCGCCGAGGACGAUCAUAAUACACCUGUCAAACGUGAGAUGACCGACUUCUACGACUUAGUCCGUACGGGCAGACCCCUUCGCUGCCCCCCAGCAUCCGGCUGCUGUCCGGACGCCCGACCUGAGCCGCAAGUCGCCGAUCUCUGCCCUGGGCGCCAACGGCCGCGCGUCCGUGUCGCCCGUGACCUCGAUGUCGCCCACGAGCUUCUCGCCGCUGCAGUCACCGGUGACGCAGCUCACCGGCACUGUCAUCGGCGCCUGCCCCGAGCACAUGAGCGGCCGACCUCAGGGCGUCAGCUGCGACAAGUGCGACCUGAUCCUGCAGCAGUCGCGGACGCUAGGAGGGCAGAUGGCGUUCAUGCACUCGCGCAACUCCUGCAAGACGCUCAAGUGCCCCAAGUGCAACUGGCACUACAAGUACCAGGAGACGCUGGAGAUCCACAUGAAGGAGAAGCACCCGGAGAACGAGUCCACCUGCAUCUACUGCCUGACGAACCAGCCGCACCCUCGCCUCGCCCGCGGGGAGACCUACACCUGCGGCUACAAGCCCUACCGCUGCGAGGUGUGCAACUACUCCACCACCACCAAGGGCAACCUCUCCAUCCACAUGCAGAGCGACAAGCACCUCAACAACAUGCAGGAGCUGCAGAACGGCGGCAUGCCCAACCUGGACGGUUCGCAGGCCCUCACGUCGCAGCAGCAGAGCCCCUCCGGCAGCAUCUACUCGGCGCCCAAGACGCCCACGCCCUCCACCACGCCCGCGCCGCCGCAGCAGCAGCAGAAGCCCAAGCCGAUGUGGCGCUGCGACGUGUGCAACUACGAGACCAACGUGGCGCGCAACCUUCGCAUCCACAUGACGAGCGAGAAGCACACGCACAACAUGAUGGUGCUGCAGCAGAACGUCAAGCACAUGCAGCAGCUGAGCGCCAUGCAGGGCGGCGGUGGCGGAGCCGGGGGCCAGAUGGACCCCAUGGCCCUGCUGCAGUUCGCCGGCAACCCCGCCGCGGCCGCCGCCAUGAUGGCCGGCCUGGGCGUGGGGGAGAAGCCGCCCCUGCCGGAGGCCGCCCUCGCCGACAUGGCCUACAACCAGGCGCUGUUGAUCCAGAUGAUGUCCGGCGGCCAGCUGCCUCCAGGCGGUCCCCUGGGCCCCGGUGGCCCUAUGGGGCACGGCCCUGGCGGCCCCGUGGGCCACGGCGGCCACGGCGGCCACGGCGGCCACGGAGGCGACCACCCCGGGCCGCACUUCGACCUGGGCCUGAACCCCGAGUCGCUGGAGCCGCCGCCGGAGCCCGUGCCGCCCAACCCGCGCCACGCCUUCACCUGCUGCGUCUGCUCCGUCUUCUCCACGGACUCGCUCGAGCAGCUCACGCUCCACCUGCAGCUGGACCGCUCCAAGGUCAACGAGAACGAGGUGCUGCUCGUCGUGGCAGGCAACUACAUCUGCAAGCUGUGCUCCUACAAGACCAACCUAAAGGCCAACUUCCAGCUGCACUGCAAGACGGACAAGCAUCUGCAGAAGCUGCAGCACGUCAACCACAUCCUGGAGGGCGGGCCGCGCAACGAGUGGAAGCUCAAGUACCUGUCCAACACCAACCCCAUGCACGUGCGCUGCAACCUGUGCGAGUACUACACCAACAGCGUGCACAAGCUGCAGCUGCACGCGGCGCACCAGCGGCACGAGGUUCUCAACGUGCUGUUCCGACACCUGUGCAUGGCGGAACAUAACAUGCACGAGGACCGCCGCCAGUACACGUGCGUGCUCUGCAACUUCACCACCCGCGCCAAGCUGCAGCUGUUGCACCAUAUCCGCUCCAUGCGCCACCUGCAGAUGGAGCAAUUGCACCAGAUCCAGCGGCACGCGGAAGGCAAGGGCGGGACGCAGCAGGACAUCGGAGACAUCUUCAAGGUGGAGGAAGCCGACGAGGACGGCCGCCACACGCCGCACGAGGAGACUAAGGAAGAAGGUCGUUCGCCCGACCAUGUGCAUGCCUGUCCCUUCUGCCACUUCACGUGCGAGCUGGAGUCCAGCCUGCAGCAGCACGUGGACAGUGAGCACGGCGGGGAGAAGAAGGCAGGGCUGAGGUGUCCCCUGUGCGAGGAGGCGUGUCCAGACAUGCCCUCCCUCGAGAAACAUGCCAUCAAUGUUCACUCGGUCAACUCCGAGGGCCUUCAGAGGCUCAUGCUGCUGGUUAGACUUAGCGCCGCGGCGGGCAAGGAGGCCGAGGAAGAGGAUCACGUGUGUGGGCUGGCGUGCGCCUCGGUGGAGGACCUGGUGGCGCACCAGGCGGCCGUGGGACACACGCCGCUGACGGAGACGCCGCGGGGGCCAGGAUAUCUGUGCUGGAAGAAGGGUUGUAACCAGUACUUCCCUUCGGCGCAGGCGCUGCACAGUCACUUCCGGGAGAUCCAUGGCGCGGCGCCCAGGCCGUCGAUCGCCGUGUCAGAGAGGCACGUGUACAAGUACCGCUGCCAGCAGUGUUCUCUCGCCUUCAAAACAGUGGAGAAGCUGCAGCUGCACUCUCAGUACCAUGCGAUUCGGGAUGCCACCAAGUGUCUGUUGUGUCACCGCAACUUCCGCUCGCUCACGGCUUUACAAAAACAUGUCAGCUCUGACCACCCUGAGCUUUCGGCGGCGGAACGACACCAGUUCCAGGCAUCCAUCGUGGGGGCGCCGGUGGGCGCGGGGGCGGGGCCCGUCCUCGACCCCAGCACCACGGCGCUACUCAGGCUGGAGUCUAAUAAGGACGACGAGCCAGAGGAACUGCCUCGUGUCGAUGAGCCUCCGCUGCCUCCGCAACAGCAGGCCAUCGAGGACUACCUCAACUCUGACACGAUGGCUCUCGAUAACUACAGCGACCCGGCGCGACGCUUCAAGUGUCACCGCUGCCGGGUCGCCUACACUCGCCAGACAUAUCUCUCGGCUCACCAAAAGACGUUGCUCCAUCGCAGGGGAGAGAAACUCACCUACCCGAUGGAGAAAUAUCUUGACCCCAACAGACCAUACAAAUGUGAUGUUUGCAAAGAGUCAUUCACGCAGAAAAACAUUCUGCUUGUACAUUACAAUUCAGUCAGUCAUUUGCAUAAGCUUAAAAAAGCCAUGCAGGACAAAGAGACCAAAGGAUCUCCGAGCGGCUAUCAGACCCAGUCUGAAGGGAGCGGCGUGGAGGCCGCCGGAGCCGCUCCCCCGGGCGACGGCUUAGCCAGCCGCAACAAGCCAUACAGGUGCCACGUGUGCCGAGUGGCGUACUCGCAGCAGUCUACCCUGGACAUUCACCUGCGCUCAGUUCUCCACCAGACGCGCGCCGCCCGACUCCCAGACUUUCUGGCCACCCACGCCCACCCAGACCCCUCGCGCCCACUAGUCGACCAUCCGCCCACACCCACCAGUACCCCGCAGCCCUCCCCCCCCCCACACCAUGACGCACACACUCCUCGCUCCCCCUCAACCCCUCAGGCUACCCCUCCAGGGGGGCAUUAUCAGGGCAUUUCCCCCUCUAAUAGCAGCAGCGGCAGCGCCCAGGGAAGCUGCGAUCGGUGUGGUGGCGUGUGGAGCACCCCGGAGCAGGGAGCGCAACAUGCAGUGUUGUGCGGGCUCAUACCCCCUCACCUGGCCUUCCUCCCGCACGCCGUCAGCACCGGUGUCAGUCAGCCUGCUACCCUGGACGCUGCCUGGGCCUCCCUUUGCGGGGCUAGCGCCGCCGCCCACCUGCCCCCGACUCAGCCCCCCGACCGCUCUCUCUCUCCAUCUGAAUGUUCCAUAGAAUCUCUCUCUACCUCUAGAUUCACUGUACCUUUCAGAAAGUCUUCACGCCUACACAAGCACUUAUUAGAAAGCUUUGGCUUUGACCUAGUUGUUCAGUAUGUUGAAAAUCAACAAUCUUGUCCAUCAAAAGAACCCGAGCAGGGGACUUCUGAGGACUCUAAAGACAGAUCCAAUCCUGAUCUACCAGAACUUAGUAAAUCUAAAUGUCCUCAGUGUUCUAAACAAUUUUCUAGUGUAUGGGUUUUAAAAGCCCACUUAGAAGAAAUUCAUAAAUCAGGUGUACCUUUUGAUUACCUUAAGACCUUCUCAGAUGAGUACCGUAAAGAGUACAAUACUAGUCGGCAAUGCUCUAGCAGCGAUCCCUCUGCUCUUACAGAUGAGGAGCGAGUCCGGGACGCGGAGCUCAUCCAGGGGGGAGACAAGGGGACUUCAGAUGAGAGAGAGAAAGAGGCAGAGUCAGGCAGCAGGAGCGUGGUGUCACGCCCACCUCCAUCUCUGCCGCCUCCAUCUCCCCCGCCGCUGACCAGCAGGGUAUGAAUAUGCCGUCGCAGAUGGUGGAGAUGGCCGCGGCGCUCAAUGCCCUGACGGCGGCGCAGAUGCAACAGAUGCAGUUCAACCCCAUGAUGAUGGCAGGGCUCGGGCUGGCGGGGCUGCCUCUCCAGCUCAACCCCCUGGCGGCCAUGAACCUCCAUCCGCCCCUCAUGCCCAUGAUGCCGCCCCACAUGUUUGAUCCGGGCGCCCUGGCCAACAUGCAGCAGCAGACACCACCCACUUCGCUGCCUUCUAACCUGCCCAGUGAUGCAUCCAUGUUCCUCAAGGGCUCGCACACGCAUCACCGACGAGCAGCUGAAAAUACUGAGAGCUCACUUCGACAUCAACAAUUCCCCGACGGAAGAGCAGAUCAACGAGAUGGCCAAGCAGAGCGGACUGCCUCCCAAGGUAAUUAAACAUUGGUUCCGUAACACGCUGUUCAAAGAGCGACAACGCAGUAAAGACUCGCCCUAUAAUUUUAGCAUCCCUCCGUCCACCACACUUAACCUGGAGGAGUAUGAGAAGACAGGUGAAGCCAAGGUCAUGCCACUAAACCCGGACGAGGCACGGGAGAUCGUGGCGCUCAACAGCUCCCGUGAGGAGGACAAGAUGACCGAGCGGUUCUCCAAAGAGCAGGAAGAAUCCGCACACGACCGCGCCGCCACCGCAUCCCCGCUCAACAAAGUUCCUAGUCUUACACAAGACAAUAGCCGAGUACAAGAAAAGAACGGGGAAGGUAUAGGCGGGUCUGGCCUCAGUGCCCAACAUCACCAGUUACGGGUAGGCAGUGGACCCCAGCUGGUGUCCUCGGCUUCCUCGUCGCCGUUGGGCCUGCCGGUGACCUCGUCGUUCAGCUCUCUGGCCUCACCACAGACGUCCCUCUCGCUCAGCUCACUCAUUACCUCCCAGCUCGAGUCUAACCCCAUGCUGGCUCACAAGCUGCCUCACACACCACCCACAGUUCCUAGUUCUGGCCUUAUUCCUCCAAGCUCAGGUGUGAGCCCCACGCCUCCGCAUUUGUCCUUCCCGUCAGCCCCCCAGACUCCCACCUCUUCCGGCACUGGCAAGCGAGCAAACCGCACCCGCUUCACUGACUACCAGAUUAAGGUGCUACAGGAGUUCUUCGAGAACAACGCCUAUCCCAAGGAUGACGAUCUGGAGUAUUUGUCCAAGCUGCUCAGCCUGUCACCUCGCGUCAUUGUGGUGUGGUUCCAAAACGCCCGUCAGAAGGCACGCAAGGUCUACGAGAACCAGCCACCCCUUGACCCUAAUGACGAAGGUGCAGGUAGGUUCACCCGGACGCCGGGCCUAAAUUACCAGUGUAAGAAGUGCUUGCUUGUCUUCCAGAGGUAUUAUGAGUUAAUCAGACACCAGAAGACUCACUGCUUCAAGGAAGAAGACGCCAAGCGAUCCGCUCAGGCGCAAGCAGCAGCGGCCCAGGCGGCAGCUAUGUACAGCGAUGAAAACUCUAAUCACUCGAGCAUCACAGAAUCGUCACAGCAGUCAGGUAGCCUCGAUAACAAACCUUCAGAAGGAUCUUUCCAGUGUGAUAAGUGCAGUCUGGUAUUUAACAGAUUCGAGCAGUGGCGUGAGCACCAAAUAGUUCACCUUAUGAACCCUGCACUGUUCCUGAACAAGGGUGCAGAUUCCCCAUUUCCCCUCAGGUGCUCCCCUUCCCAUACCACAGGCUAGUCCCCUGCCCCAGCCCAGCCCCCUAUUGCCACCGGCUUCCCCUCUGAAGCGCAAAGCCGAGGAGAGUGAGGACGAGAGGGAUGGCAUGACAAGCAACAACGAGGGGCAGAGGGAUAAGAGACUCCGCACUACCAUCCUACCAGAGCAGCUGGACUACCUCUACCAGAAGUACCAGAUGGAAGCCAACCCGUCGCGGAAGAUGUUAGAGACCAUCGCUCAAGAAGUUGGUCUGAAGAAGAGGGUCGUCCAAGUUUGGUUCCAGAACACACGAGCACGCGAGAGAAAAGGUCAGUUUAGAGCUCAUGCACAAGUGAUUAAUAAAAAAUGCCCCUUCUGUCCUGCUAUCUUUAAAGUCAAGUCUGCUCUUGAAUCGCACCUUUCCACUAAGCACGCGGAUCAGUACUCUAAGGGAGAUGUGGACAUUGAUGCACUGCCUGAUGUAGAAGAUUCUGGUGUUGGGAACUUCGGCCUGUCUUCAACUCCUUCGGCAACUCAAGCCUCUCAAGUCAUGCCCUCUUCUCUCUUCUCCUCAGAAGUUCCGGAAGACUCGAUAGCCAUGUACCACGAGGAGGCAAUCCGGCGGUACCUCAACGAUGUCAACUUGGCAUCGGACGGUACACGACGGGAAGGUGAGAGCCCGCUAGAUCUCAGUAAGCCAUUAGACCUGGUUCGGCCGUUAGGGUUUGAUUCCUCCAUGUUAGACACUAACGAGCACCUUGAGGAGCAUUCAGAUGAAGAGAAUUACAAUCUGGAUAUAUGUGAACAAGAGGAGGGCGACAUGGCGGUCAAUUCUCAUGAAAGUAACCCUACCUCUCCCGCCUCCUCCACCACCAGCUCCGCCAACAAGGUGGGAUCUCACCAGGGCGGCACCAACAAGAGGUUCCGCACACAGAUGUCAUCAAUCCAGGUGAAGGUGAUGAAAAGUGUGUUCCAGGAGUAUAAAACGCCGACGAUGGCGGAGUGUGAGUUGCUAGGGAGGGAGAUUGGGCUAGCCAAGCGUGUGGUGCAGGUGUGGUUCCAGAAUGCGCGGGCAAAGGAAAAGAAAGCAAAGCUGGCUCUGCAGAAGAUGCUCGGCACGGAGCCCGAGGGACCUAAACCGCCUGAGGAGUGCAAAGUGUGUAACUUUAAAUACAGUCACAAGUACUCUGUUCAGGACCACUUGUUUACGCGUUCACAUAUCGAAAACAUGAAAUCGUUCCUGGAGAAGGCGAAGGAGGAGAGCGACGUGGCUGGCCUGGGCUCUACUCUGAGCUCCAUGUCAUCCGACGGCGACCGGCCGCCCGCGGCUCUCACGCCCGUGGCCGGCCUCGCUCACCAGCUGCAGAUGGCUCAGCUCAUGGCUCUGGGCUCGCCGCCAGCUGGUGCAGGGACCCCUGCCGGUGAGGACAAGAAGGGCGGCCCAGGCGGAAGCAGCAACAGCGAGGACCUGAGUCGCCUGCAACUCCUGCAGCAGAUGUACCAGCAGAUGGGUCUCGGGGGGCUGCAAGGGGCGCCGCACCCACUCCUUCAGCACGCCAUGAUGGCCGGCGCCGGUGAGUAGCGGUCCCCCUCCCUCCAUCACUGUCCGCA